UAUGAAUUUUAUUAUUUAUUAUUCUAUAAAUAAAAAGUGAAUUUAUAUUCAUUUAUAAUUAUAUUUAACAUUUAUUAUGAAUUUUAUUAUUUUGACAGAAAUUUCAAAAAUAAAUAAAUAUUUAUAUUUAAAUAUAAAUUAUUAAAAUAAAUUAUUAAGUGUAAUCUUUGAAAAAGAUACUUAAGAAUCUUUUAGAUAUCUUAUUUUGAAAAUUAAAAUAAUAUGUUAGAUAUGAUAUAUAUUUAAUAAUAACUAAGUUAGUUGAAGGAAAAAUAAUACAAAAUUACAUUGUUAACUAGGGUCGGACCCGCCCGUAGGGCGGAUAAGCAAAUGAACGAAAUUAUAUAAAUAUAUUUAAAAUUAAAUAGAGAGUUUAUUUUAAUUAUUUUCCUUAGCACUUUACAAAAAAUAUGUCUGCUAACAAAAAUUUUCAUUUGGUCAGCAAUCUCAAACCCUAUAAGAAUAAGCGGCGUGUUCAAGUGAAAUUGAUUCACUCAUGAAUACAAAACCCAUUUUAUGCUGAUGAAACCUUAAAAAUGGUUUUAGCUGAUGAAACAAUUAGUUUUAUAAUCUGAACAUUUUUUUAUUUAUUUUUUUGAUAUGUAUGUUUCUGGUAGAUUUUUUUUUUAGGGUAAUAAAAUUCAGUGUUAAGCGAGAGAACUAAACAAAAAUGGCCCAAACUAAAAAAUAUAAUAAUAAUGGGCCUUUGAAAAUAGAUAAGCUAUGUUUCAAAUUGUUUAGAAAACAUAAGCCUAUUAGUUUAUAUUAAUUAACUCAAUUCAUAUUUAAUAAUCUGUUUUCUAAGUUCAAAUAAAAAAAAAUUGAUUACACAUGCUAAGUUUUAAUAAGAUAGAUGACUAAUAUAGUAGUGUUACAAAAAAAAAGAUGACUAAUAUAGAAAUAAUAUUACACUUAAGAUGACUUACUUUUUACUUUUGCUAAAAAUAUUCAAACUCAUUUUUAAACAAAUAACAUUAUUUUCAUUUUUUAAGUUUAUUAUACAAUUGACGGUAGCAGAUGAAUAACCAUAUUAACUUCAUCGAUCUUAGAUAUAUUACUAAUUUGUCAAAAUUGUAGUAUAGUUUUAUAUACAGUAUAUCAUGGUGUAACAAGAUAUAAUUAUAUCAUAAAAAAAUUGAAAUCAACACCCGAUUGCGCAGAUUUAGCUCUAGUCUAUUUUAAAAUGUAAAUUUGAGGUUUGUUGGCCGGUCAUAUCUCAAAUGGGUUUAAAUCCAAAAUAUCUAAAGUCCAAAUAAGCUUAGGUCAAAAGACUUAAGUUUUUUGAUUAUACAACUAAGUACAAACCCGAUAAUUUAUAGAAUUGGGUGGGUUCGAAUUCCGAGUUUCGGUCCUGACUCCUGACAUGUCUAAAUAGCAUGACCCCUUUUUAAGUUAAGCUUCUGGUGUACGGAGUUAGAGAGAUUUACUAGGGUUAGAUCUAAUCUAGGGUUUUUAACCAAGACCUAUAUAUAACCUUAUUUAUUACCUACGCUCCUCUUUUAAAAGAGAAAAGGCAAAGAGUAGAUGGAGAGAGAUAUAUUUAGGGUUUAGAAACAAGCAUGAUGAUCACACGCAGCAAAAAGAAUAAAACCACCUUUACCACUAAUCCACAAACCUCAAGCAGCUUUGAUGGACUCCCUCUAGACUUGGUGAUUGAGAUUCUUGGAAGAUUUCCUAUAAAAUCGAUAGCUAGGUUUCUUCUAGUAUCCAAGUUAUGGGCUACCAUCAUCCACAGUCGAGAUUUUAUUGAAUCUUUUCCCCUUGGUUCUUGUUCUUCUCAACCACGUUUCCUAAUCGCUUUCAGUGGUCUAGAUAUAAAGAAAGGAACGCAUUACGCAAAAGAAGAUUGGUACUUCUUCUCGUCGUCUUUCCUCUCGCGCUCAUCAUGUUCAUUACCACCUGUGUACCGUUCGCAUUACGUUAAAGGACUAUUAUGCAUCGGAAGUGGUCGAGAACAAUUCAUAGUUAACCCCACCAGUGGUAAGUCCAUAGCUUUACCCAGAGUCAGAACCAGAAGAAGGACCACAAAAAGUUUUUUUGGAUAUGAUCAAGUUAAUGAUGAGUAUAAAGUAUUGUGCUUGACGGAAGCACUAAGUGGUCUUCAUGCUGAAGAACCUUCGUCUCAGCAUCAAGUAUUCACAUUAGGAGCUAAGAAAAAAUCAUGGAGAAUAGUAGAAUGUAGCAUUCCUCACCGUCCUUGUUCUAGCGGUGUGUGCAUAGAUGGUUUUAUAUAUUAUGCUGCUAAAACGGGUUCGCAACGCAGCUUAAUGAGAUUUGAUUCGAGGUCUGAAGAGUUUCAUCUUAUUACUAGAGUACCCACAGAGAUUGUACUAUCUAAGGAUCAAUAUAGUCACGCUAUGAUUAUAAACUACCAAGGGAAAGUAGCAAUACCCACCAAAACAUCAACAUACACGUUUGAUGUGUGGGUUAUGGAUCAAAAUGCUGAAGAACGUAAAUGGUUGAAGAAACUUACAUUCAGUGUUGAACCUUGGAAGAGUGCAUGUAGGUUUAUAUACUUCAAAGGCAUCACUCAGACGGGUGAGUUUAUUAUGGCACCAUACAGCUACGACUCUGAAAAUGUUUAUGUUGCCCUUUACAACCACUACACUGAUACCUUAAGAAAAGUUAAGGUCCAAGUAAGCGCAGACUUUAACUUCAAGCCUAAUCUGCCUCAGAUUACAUAG